AUGCCGAACAAUAAAGUGUCAAUCACGGCUACGCGGCGCCGCAUGCAGCCGAUCCGUGCCACGCCUAAAGAGACCCCACAACACGUGCCACAACUUGUAAUACGACCUACGAACCGCGGUGGUGAGACGCUGCAGGUGGCUAUGGGUGGUACUGCCAUUGAGCGCUCUAUGGUCAACGUCGGUUCCAUUGCCGUGUACCACGUCAAGCCCGUCGUGUCCACAGACAAUAAGCUUGGCAAGAAGACGACCAUCUUUGCUGUACAUGUGCAGAAUGCCAUCACUGGUCGCAGUUGGGUGGUACACCGUCGCUACUCGGACUUUAUGAUGUUGCGUGGCCUUAUCACCGAACACUUUAAGCUUUUUGGGGACGAGUUCCCGCGCAUCUCGGGGCUUGUGAGCGAGCUCUACUUUCCCAAGAAGCACAAGUUCCGCCACAAGAUGGGCAAGGUGGUCGAGCACCGAUGCGAUACAUUUCUCGAUUUCCUCAUGGGUCUACACCGACUCCUCAUCAGCCAGAAUUACCUCAUGCGACGUGACAUCAGCCCCGUCGGAUUGUCCAUUUUGCGUGGCUUUCUCGGUAGUGCUAUCGUACAGGACCCGAGUCACCGAGCCUAUACGUUCCACAAGCCGAUUCUUCCGAUUGAUCUUAGUCCGUCCGAGCGGACCCCGAUCAAUCAGUGUGGAUCAUUAACCACCGUGAUAGAAGAUGAUGCCGAGUAUGAGGUGGAAGUUGAGGACGUCGAACCGGAACCUGAGUCAGAAGCGGACAUUCUUUCUCGCGCCGGAUCGACAGGUACGGAAGGCUCGUUGACUGAGGAUAUGAGCGACGGUGACGACACAGAGGAGGAGCUUUUGCGCAUGACCGAGAUUGUCGACCGACGACGCUCUUAUAAGUACGCUCGCGGCCGCCGAAUGCUGCUCUUCCUACGCAAAGACGGCGUGUGUACAGAGGCAGAGAGCCCAACUGACAACAAACAGGAGGAUGUGUCCCCCUGUACCCCUCGUCCACGUGAUAGAAUUCACACUGAAAAGAUGUAUAUCCGUGCAUCGGAGAUGCUGCGACCAUCUGACAUGGUACGUAUGUCUGAAGCCUCGAAGCCAAUGUGGACAUGA